CCGGCUGCCUGGCUGAACCGAGCUGCUCUCCGCUGCAACAAAGAAAGCGACGCUACACCGCUCCAACAUGUAACUGUGUUGGGAUAACAUCUUUGUCAUCACGGGAGAAGAAAAGGGCCUGUGUUGCGUCCCCUUCCGCGUUCACUUUUGAAAGUAUUUCUGGAGAGAAAGUUGUCGUUUCGGGACAAGUUUGCUGACGGAAACCCUGUAGCUUACAUGUUGGACUGACCUUUCACCUUCGACCCUGGCCUGCGCGGUCACAUGCCGGAUAAGGACAUGUUGAUGUAGGAGUGACAGGGGCUCUGUCUUCCUGAUGACAUCUGUGGCAUGAAACUGGACUGCACGCAUCCUUCACCAUCACCUCCUCCUCCUCCUCCUCUACCUCCCUCCAUCACUUUCUGAUUGGGAACAUUCGCUUCAACCCAGCCGCAUUGAUGAGGUAACGUCAGGCCCGACGCAGAGCAGCAUCCACCCACACUAACAUCACCCUCCCCCCUUUCCUUUCCUUCCUUCCCUCUUUCUGCCCACCCAUCUGCAUCAGCCAUGGGCCAGAAGAUCUCAGGUGGGAUUAAAUCGGUAGAUGGUCGUGGGGACAACAGCGGCUCCCCAUCCUACCGGCCCUCUGCCCAUCGGCGGCGGCAUCCAGAGCUGAGGGGCCCAGAUUUCUCCAAGCCUGCCAGGUUGGACCUCUUACUGGACAUGCCUUGCGCCAGCCUGGAGACUCAGCUUCGUCAUGCAUGGAACCCAGAGGACCGCUCGCUCAAUGUCUUCAUCAAAGAGGACGAUAAGUUAACGUUUCACCGCCACCCGGUCGCCCAGAGCACAGACUGCAUCCGGGGGCGAGUUGGCUACACACGUGGCCUCCACGUCUGGAGGAUCCACUGGCCUGCCCGACAACGGGGCACCCAUGCAGUGGUGGGUGUGGCAACCUCUGAGGCUCCCUUGCAUUCUGUUGGAUACACAGCAUUAGUAGGAUCAGACUCUGAAUCAUGGGGCUGGGACUUGGGGCGCAACCGGCUCUACCAUGACAGUAAGAACCGGGCCCACAGCUCACUGCCCUCUUACCCUUGCUUCCUGGAACCGGAGGAGGCCUUCUCCCUGCCGGACUCCCUUCUAGUCGUUCUGGACAUGGACGAAGGCACGCUGAGCUUUAUGGUGGACGGACAGUACCUGGGAGUAGCAUUUAGAGGGCUGAAGGGCAAGAAGCUGUAUCCCAUCGUCAGCGCCGUGUGGGGACACUGUGAGAUAACCAUGAAAUACAUCAACGGGCUAGAUCCGGAGCCCCUUCCUCUGAUGGACCUGUGUCGGCGUGCAGCUCGUCUGGCAUUGGGCCGGGAGCGGCUUCAGGAGAUUGAGAGCCUUCCUCUGCCCCAAUCCCUCAAGAAUUACCUCCAGUACCAGUGACUAAUGCACGGCCUGAACCAGAACCACAGUGCCAGCUGGGACUGCAGACCACAAACCAAACCACCAUCAAGUCAAAGAUGGACGGAUGAAACAAACAUAGAUUGAGAGAUUCAAAAGGGUGGAAAAACAGAGGCAGACUGUCACUGAGAAAAGUAUAGCCUCGCUCUAGAUUAAUGGGCUGGGUAGAAAGAUUGGUGAAUGAACUGACACUUGGUUCCAGGUUUUCAAACAAAGAAUAGAAUGGAUACCUGGAAUACCUUUCAGGCUGCUUUUUCAUCCAUUUUGGACUUUUGGUAAAUUAUUGAUGAUGGUGUCUCAUCAGUAUCUCACUCAUCCAGAAAGAGAACCCAUCUUCGGAUGGUGUGGUGUGGUUAAGUGCUGAGAGAUGGUGGUUUCAGCAUCAUAAGACUACCGCCACCUAUUGAUGAGAAUAAAAACUGCACCAAGAAAGCACACUAAGUAAUCCUAUUUCUGGAGGCCUUUUUGACAUAAAUGACCAUAUCAUUGCUACUGGAUACUACUCUGUAUAGCCAUGGUAUGCCCUGGCACAUGUGACAGGAAUAUUUCCCGAUAUCUUUUAGCAGCAACCCCACAGAGUCCAGUUUUCCAAGAGGAUUUUGGCACUAAUGUCAUCUUUGUCCAACUGGCUUGGACCCAGCCGAAAGCUCUUAUUGCAUACACAGCAGUACAAUCAAGCACAACAUAAUAACUGUGUGCAAAUGUGUCCUAUGAGCAAGUGCAAAAAACAGCAUGCCAAACUUAUUUCUGUGUUUUGUUUUGUUUUUGCAUACAUUUAACAUGGAAAGUAUUAGAGAAACAAACAGGAAAUACAGCUUGCUAUUUAAAUUAGUAUUAAUUUGCACAAGAAAACCCUUCCUCACAGUACACAAAAUGGCGUAUUUUGAAUAUUUAUAUAUAUAUAUCACAUGCAAAGUGUUUCACACCAAUCUAUGGGUAUAGAGAUGUGUGCAGUGGGGUACAGAGGUUGUGUUGUGUAUGCUAUAGGAGCUUUAGGUCACAGCCUUACAGUGUCGUAACAUGCUGUUGGCAAUCCGGGCCCGGGACAGUAUGAGGAGCCUCACCUGCUGUAGUAGCACCCUACUGUAGCCUGCUGGUACUCAACAGUAUCUGUCUGCACUCCACACGACUGUCUUAAAGAGCUCAGGACUGGUGCAGGGUCUAGUCUUAGUGGAUCUAUGUGUUCUAGCUGUACUGGAUCUAUGAUGAAGGGUGUAGUAGGACAUAGGCAACUACCGCUGCCACAGUGGCAGGGUAGACGUGUUUUUGGCUCAGAAUAAGAUGUGGAUGACCAAUGCGCACGUACGCACACAUACACACACAUACACAGACACACACAUACACACACACAUACACACAUAUAUACAUACACACACACACACACACACACACACACACACACACACACACACACACACACACUGUUGACCAAUCAUCUUUUUGUUUCCAGUAAAAGGCUUGAGUCACUUUUUUUUUUUUUUUUACUUCUGAGUUUGUAUCUACGUUAUUAUUGUUAUUAUUAUUAUUGUGAGUGUGGAAUCUGAUCUGAUGAUGGUAGAAUGAUGAUGUUGUUUUGAUGUUUAUUUAUCACAAGCUAGUUCCAUGUAUUUUUUAAAUUGAUCAUCGAUGGUUGCAUUCAGGUAAAUUGAAUGAAAAACUGAUGGGAGAUAGGAAUCUCUUUUUGUAAAACCCAAUGCUGCUUUUAUGAAGAUGAUUUAUUAUUAUUAUUAUUAUUAUUAUUAUUAUUAUUAUUAUUAUCAUCAUUUUCCAAUUAAUAUUAUUUCAAUCAUUAUUAUUAGGGGUGGUGGUAGUAUUAUCUCCUAUCUCCAUCAGUUGGGACUGGGGGAAGAAUGGCCUGAAAGGAAGUAGAAUGUAUGGACAGACAGUGCUGUUGAGACUUCAACGGAUCUGAAAUGUGAAUAAAAAUAAAAAGCCAAGUGAAUUUGA